AUGGCUGCGUCGCCGCGGCAGCAGCCAAUGGUGCGGCGGCGCCACGGAACACAUGGGGGCACCAUUCCACACAGACAGUCCCACAGUUCUGACCCACAAAGGAGGACAACACAAGGGGGAUCGGCCUCCACCGGCAUCCCAGCAUUAGGUGUCAGCAUCCCUGAUUGCAUUCACCUGGAACAUCUUACUGGCUCGUUAUUGGCGGUUGCAUUUCUCACCUCCUUUGGUAGUUCCAUGCUCUAUGGCUAUAACUUGGCUGUGGUCAACUCUCCAUCAAAGUAUAUUAAGGACUUCUACAACCGGACGGUGAUGAGCCGGAAUGGCUCCGGGCUAGACAGGGAAGCGCUGACCCUUAUGUACUCUCUCACCGUGUCCGUAUUUGCCAUCGGGGGGCUCAUCGGAUCCUUGAUGGUGGGCAUCCUGGUCACCAAAUUUGGAAGGAAAGGGACUAUUGUCAACUCCACCAUUCUGGUGUUCAUCGCCGGCUCUCUCAUGGGCUUCAGCCGAAUCUGUGGCUCACCAGAGAUGGUCAUGUUCGGUCGACUCGUCACCGGGAUCCACUCAGGAAUCUCUUUGAGUGUGGUGCCCAUGUAUCUGGGGGAAAUCGCUCCCAAAAACCUCAGGGGCUUCCUGGGCCUCAUGCCUAGCAUCUUCAUCUGUGCCGGGGUCUUCACCGCUCAGAUCUUGGGCCUCCACGAACUCCUGGGAAAGGAAGAGCACUGGCCCCUGUUCCUCUCCCUGGUCGUGGUGCCCACUUUUGUCCAGUUAAUGAUGUUGCCAUGGUUUCCAGAGAGUCCUCGUUACCUGCUCAUUGAGAAGCACAAUGUCCAUGCCACCAUUACAGCUCUGAAGUGGUACAGGGCCAGGUGUAACAUCCAGGCGGAGAUCGAGGAGAUGCAGGAGGAGCAGCGCUCCCUGUCCUCAGUGGACACCGUGUCGGUGUGGGCGCUCCUGUUCGACCGCUCCGUCCGCUGGCAGGUCCUCUCCGUGGUCGUCAUCAACAUCGGCAUGCAGCUGUCCGGCAUCGACGCUAUCUGGUUCUACACCAAUGACAUCUUUCGGAAUGCCGACAUCCCUGUUGCAGAGAUCCAGUAUACCACGGUGGGGACGGGCGCCAUAGAGAUCGUCGCAGGGCUUAUUGGGUGCUUCACCAUCGAGAGGCUGGGGAGAAGGCCCCUGAUCAUCGGCGGCUUUGCUGUGAUGGGAAUUUGCUGCGGGGGGAUCACGCUCUCUCUCUUCCUGCAGUCAUAUCUGUCCAUUAUGAAGUAUGUGAGCGUUGGCUGUGUGGUUGGGAUCAUCGCUGGAUUCUGUAUCGGGCCAGCUGGCGUUCCUUUCCUCAUAACAGCGGAGUUGUUUAAGCAGUCUCAUCGGCCGGCUGCUUACACCGUUGGAGGCUCUCUCAACUGGAUGGCCAACUUCACCAUCGGAUUCAUCUUCCCCUUCCUGCAGGAGUCUGCCGGCUCCUACUGCUACCUGGUGUUCAGCGCCGUGUGUCUGACCGUCGCCACCUACGUCUUCUUCGUCAUCCCCGAGACCAAGAACAAAACGUUCGUGGAGAUCAGCCAGAUGUUCGCCACCAAGGAGGGCAUCCUGGAGAGUGACCAGAUGAAGUUGAAGAAGAUGAACGGCUACGGCGCGCUGGAGAACGGCUCGCUGGACUUUGACAGCUCCUCGUCCACCCCGUAGGCCGCGCGCGGAUUCUUACCAGCAGCCAGGGAGCCCUGCACUGCACGUUUCAGGUGUCCCCACUGCCCCCUCGAGUCAGAUAAACUCAUGAUUUUAGUUGACCAGUGAUGCUUACACAAAACUCAACCAGGUAAAGAAUGUUCUGGAAGGACCUGAAUCAUUCAGAGCCCACGGCCUCCCUCAUGGUUGUCAUAGUUUAGUUAGUGACGACCCAAGGAAGCGGCACAUCCACACUUUGUGAAUUUAUCGGGCCAACUGAGCCAGACCAACAUCUGCACAGUACUUGUUUUACAGUAAAACCACCUCAGCAAGUCUGUUUACAUGUUGAAGCAAACUGUAUGUCUUUUUUAAAGUUCUGUUCAUUUUCAGUUUAUUCCAGUGGUUUUCAUACAAGGGAACACUUGCUUUCGCCUGUUCCCACGGCAAUCCUAUAGACGGAUACACAUUCUCAAAACUGCUCAAGUGUGAGAUGGUACCAAAGCCCUUUAAUGACCAGCAGCCCUAUGUCUGCUACCAGCAAGCCCUAAAAUCUUUGGGGUCAUGUAAAAAGAGAGAGUGUUCCCUGUUGCCAUUUUUCUCUGCCCUGUGGAGUACUUAUACAGACUAACCCACAGAGAUGCCCUUUUAAGAACCUUUAGGAAUUUUGAGUGAGUGCCUGAGUGUGUCUUUGAGACAGAGACAGAUUGAAAGAAAAAAAAGAGAGAGAGAGAUGUACCAGCCUUUUCCGCUUUUAUUUACUGCUCUGAUCUAAUGAGCAACACUCUUAUGAGAGUGUUGUCUUUACAUACAUGUUAUUCUAAAAUAAUUUAUCAAGUAACUUGUUUUUAUGCUCAACAAUUGACAUGCAAGCACUGUGAUCUGAUGCUGUCGUGCUGAGAAUCAGAUCAUUACUUUGCAUUGAAGCAUUACCUGUAAGUCAGGUGUGGAUACCCUAGACCAUGUAACUAAUGGCUGAAUCAUAGUAGCGGACAUAUUGAUGAAUAUGGACUGCUGUCAGGAGCAAUGCAACUUAUGGGUCCAGUUGAUCCUGUUUUAUUAUUGUGUCCUUGGUUGUUUCUUCAUUACCAGUAUAGUGUUAUCUUAUUGCAGCCUUUUGAGAGGACUGCUGCAGUCAUCACCAAGGCUGCCUGAUAUGUACAGAGUGACACAGAAAUCCAUGUGUCUUUUCUUGUAUGUUUUAUACAUAUGUUUGUAUGUUUUAUAUGAACAAUGUCGUUUCAACAGAAAAAAAGCCAGAGGUCUAUUUUCUAAUGUAUUUCAAAAGUG